AUGCGCCCCCCCCCCCCCCUGGCGCACCGAUUCCUAAUUACUUCCGAAUCAGUUCAGAAAUCCGACAUCAUGCCUUCAUACAAGGAUUCUGACGAUUACAAGACCUACAAAGAAGGUCUUCUCCAGGGCGGCAAGAACCACCGCAUGGAGGAUCUUCCUCCCUUCGAGUUCAACGAGGCUGGCGAAGUCAAGCUCGCCCCUGGCGAACUCUACUGCCGCUGGGGUGGUAGAUCCAGCAGCAUCACGUGCACCAAGACGGAGCGGUUCUCGAGCGAGUCGAACCUCAAGAACCACAUCAAGAAGCACAAGCUCGACGGGGUCCCGGCCAAGGUUAAGAGCCGCAAGUCCGGCGCGAACUCCGUCGAGGAGAACGAUGAUGCAGCUGAAUUCUACGACCGCAUCCACGGCAUCGCCAUCGGCGCUCGCGAUGACAGCGAGCUGCAGACUCCUUCCAAGAAACGGAAGGCGCAGACCCCUCCCCCCCUUCUUGCCGUGCCCACGCGCAAGCGGGGCAACCAAACUGUGAUCAACUUCGCCGAAAUGCGUCGCGCCGCCGGCUUCCCUGCCAAGGGCAAGUGCACCCACUGCACCACUGCCCGCAAUGCCAAAUGUCCUCCCGCCCUUCGCGAUCAGGAAUGUGAGGUCUGGGCCCGCUUUGAGGAUGAUGAAGAAGAUGAGGCCUGA